AAAAAAAGGAGGUCAGGAACACGAGACACAAGCGUCAUUUCUUUGCCAAAAAGAGAGCAGAGGCAAAAAGGGUCAGCCCGGUCGAUCGAUUGACAUUCCUCGUGCAUGUUUACCGGGACUAGCUCGUCGAAGCCCUCGUUGCCUCCGGCCCUUUCCGUCCCGCCCGCUGCCCACCGCGCUGCUGCUGUCGAAGACGUCGACCUAGACGACGGGCUGAACGACAACGAACUGAGUGACGGAGGCAGCGAGACAUCAGCAGCAGUAGGCAAGAAGAACACCAUGGGGUCCGUGGACCGAAAGGGCGAUAACGACCACCCGGGAGGCGGGAAGAAGAUGGGCGAGGUCGCGAACGCGAUCGCGUCCUGCGCGGCCCUCUCGUUCUUCUCCAUCUCCAUGAUCCUGGCCAACAAGGCUCUGGCGGUAUUAUUUAAUGCCAACCUGCACUUCCUGCCCAUGGCCUUCCAGUGUUUCAUCGCCGUGCUCUUGGUGGAAGCGUCCCGGAUGAAGGGGCUGGUGCAGUACGAGCCGUUCAACAUGGCGACGGCCAUGCGAUGGUUCCCCAUCGCCAUCUUCUUCUGCACGAUGCUCCUCUCCUCCUUCCUGUCCAUGCAGUACAUGGGCGUGCCGAUGGUGACGGUGUUCAAGAGCUUAACAAACCUCAUCAUUGUCGCGGGAGACUACUUCUGGCACAGCCAGGUAGCCACCCCGCUCGUGCUCCUCAGCCUGGCGGUCAUGACAGGCGGAGCGAUCCUUGCCUCUUGGAGCGAUAUCGAGUUUUCGGCGUGGGGCUACUUCUGGAUGUCGGCGAACUGCUUCGCGACGGCUUCGUACGUGCUGACGAUGAAGUUCGCUACCCGCACCAUGAAGCUGCCCAAGUUCGGCAUGGUUUUCUACAACAACUUGCUAGGGUGCCUAAUCAUGCUGCCGUUGGCUGUGUGUUUCGGAGAGGUCUUCACGUUGGAGAGCACGAGCUUGGUUGGCUUUCUCGACCGCGCGGAUCUGCACACUCCCACGUACCUGGGCAUCAACCUCGGUGCCGGCGCGGCCGGGUUUUUCCUGAACUUCGCGGCCCUGUGGUGCGUGAGCGCUACGUCGGCGACAACCUACGCCGUCGUGAACACCGUCAACAAUUUCCCCGUGUCCAUCCUGGGGUACUACCUCCUUCCCGGCGCCCGCAUCUCCCACCAGCAGUGGGAGUUCAUUGUCGUCAACAUCGUGGGAGGCUUUAUCUACUCCGCCGCGAAGAUCAAGGAGCAAAAGGCGAAGGAGCGCGCGGAGGCGCUGCUGGCGUCUCAGGACAACGGAGACGUGGAAGCCAUACCGCUUGUGGGGGGCACAACGGACGACCUCAAGAGCCGCAACAGCCCAGGCAGGCGUAGUUAACAAAGAGAUCUUGCCGCAAAAAUCUUGGAUGGAUGUUGAGCCUUGUGUCGAGCGCGGGGGAACUAGCACUGUGCUUGCAGCAGGCGCGUGGAUGGCGUUUCAGCGUGACCUAUCUACAUGCGCGGUCGUCGCUUGGUUGAUGGUGUGAGAUGAGGCUGAUGGUGAAAAAAAAAAAACGGUGAUUUAUUUGUAUGGUAUUCUUCAGUCGGGUAAGGUUUACCGGGCGGAGGAAGCGUCGUCGUGUGUGCGCCCGCCGCUAUUUUGGCGACCCGUCAAGUUUGGUGUGGCGUGGCAUUGGUCGACGUCUCACGAGGUCAAGCGAUGCGCGCGGUGUGGUUUGUGGCUGUGCGCCGCCCCCAUAAAGUCAAAGAUUGCCGCGAGAUGACUCCUCAUCCUGCAUGUGCGCGAUGCGUUCUCGUAAAGAUGCUGGCGCGUGCGGUGUGCUGCUGACGCGCACCGGUUUGAUUUUCUCUGGGUUUUUUGGGGGAUAGGAACAACGAGAGCACAUGGAAGCUCGUCUGCACGUAGUCUAAGCGUACUUUUUGUUUUUGUAACGGCGGCUGAAUGGACUGGUAUGUGCGCGAUGCGUGGCCGGUGUAGUGGAAAUCGAGGACCAAACUGUCUUGUUCAGGACAUCAGAUCCUGCGUGCAAACUGAUUUUACCUCGACAAGAACAUUUUUGGUACCAAGUGUGGUUUGGUGUAAUGAGUGUUAACCGAAGGCGAGGGGAGGUAGCGCAUUGAUGUGAUUGUUAACGGAGGGGGGGGGGUCUCACGGACGACUUUAUGACGGGGCGUCCAUCGCUCAUGUGGGGCAAGAAGACGAGCUAUUGAUGAAUCGGAGGGCGAGAGUCCAAGCCUGGCGGUAGUGGCAAGAUAAGGGGGGACGGAAGUAACGGCGUUCGAGAUGAAAGAUGCCGCUGUUUUGUGAUUGGCCAGAAAUCCCUGGUCGACAUGGCGUGUCGUUUACGGCGGCGUCACUUUGUUGUUGAAAAAUCAAAUCCAAUUCGCUCGUGUAAUAAAGCAGCUUCUCCUCUAUGCUCGAUUGUGACUGCCUUCUCUGCUCCGCCGUAUGCCGAGCGUCAAAAAACCGAUGCUCUCGGUGCCUACGCUCCUUGAAGCACGACGUUGACUUAACAAUGCUGUAUUAGGAAAGGGGCGGUGCGCGGAAACUUGGCUGGCCUGCGUACAUCUAGAUUGGAACUAACUCCCAACGGUGGUGCCAGAUUCGACGUCGCUUUUUUAGUUCCGCCACUUUUUUACCCCUUGUAAUGGUGUUUAGGCUGGGCAGCACAACAGUUUACGUGGGGCUUGAUCCCAGUUGAGGCUUUGUUCUCUUUGUGACAGUCACCCUAGGCGAUGUUUGAUGAGUCAACGUACGUAAAAUCAUUUUUACGGGUGGAACCU